AUGUUCCCACGGGAACAGAUCACUCUCUCUCUCUUUCUAUCUCCCCAUCUCUCUCUCUCUCUCUCUCUCCCUGUGACCAUACCAUCGUUCUGUACUUCUGAGAUAAUUUCAUUCUCUCACAUUCACAACCCCUCCAUCCUCUCUCUCUAUCUGUCUAUCUAUCUAUCACUCUCUCUCUCUCUCUCUCUCUCUCUCUCUCUCUCUCUCGUAUCAGCGAACAGCUGUCAGUCGCCUCCUGCAGUUCCUCGCAAUGUGGCCCUGGCCACAGCACCUAUAACAUACGACCCCACUACGGGGGCUGGGCCCCUGAUACGGUCUACCAUCACUCGGCGUGGACUGUGCAGCGGCGACUACCGGUUCUCUCACCUCAGAGCUGACGGGAACGGGUUGGCCCGGCACCGCCUACUUCUGGAAACACUCCUCAGCUUAACGACAGCUACAAUCCAGCUACAACAACUCCACAGAUCUUUGCACUCAAAUGUUCCAACACCGCCUCGUAGUUCGCUACACACAACUGUCUCGAGUGGUCUCCCGCCGUCACAUUUAUCCCAGCGAACACCAACCAAUUUGCAUACGCCCAAGUUCUCCUCUCGCCAAUCCUCGCGGCUACGAGAUCGCGUUUCCAUAAGUCCGACUCACCGUAAUGGUGGUGUUUCUUUCUUCGGACCAAUUACUGCCCUACACGCCAGACACAAACGAACCCUCUUAUGCCGAGAACUGAGGUUAGUCUCAUUUUCAUGUCCACAGAGGCGCGUACAAAAGAAGAGUAAUCAGGAUGACAGUGGAUAG